GUGAAAACAAACACGGGAAAAUUUUUCACAAUAAAAAAUCAAAAAAAGAUCGCAAUAGUCGCGUGGAAACCGAAGCAAAAUGUCAAAUUCCGCACACAAGCAACGCUACAAAAAUGCUGGUCUCGAUUCGCAAGAGAUGCGACGCCGGCGCGAGGAGGAGGGCAUCCAACUGCGAAAGCAAAAACGUGAACAACAACUAAUCAAACGGAGGAACGUCAAUGUCGCGCAGGAAGACGAGCCCGAUUCGACAAUUGGCGAUGCCGAAGGUCACUCGAACCAGCCGCUCAUCCAUGCGGAUACGGUGCGCUCGUUGUACAGCGACAAUGUCGAGGAGCAACUCAUUGCCACGCAAAAGUUUCGAAAAAUGUUGUCGCGUGAACCGAAUCCCCCGAUUGACGAAGUCAUCCAGACCGGAAUUGUGCCACGAUUUGUCGAAUUUUUGCGGAACACGGAGAACGCGACGCUGCAAUUCGAGGCGGCAUGGGCUCUGACAAAUAUCGCGUCGGGUACGUCGUUGCAAACGAAAAUGGUGAUCGAGUCGGGAGCCGUUCCGGAGUUUAUUAAUUUGCUCGGGAGCCCGAAUAAGGAUGUGCAGGAGCAGGCGGUUUGGGCUUUGGGCAACAUUGCCGGCGACUCGCCCAUGUAUCGUGACUUUUUGCUAAAUGCGGGCGUCUUGAUGCCUUUGCUGCAAAUUCUCACUGACAAUACUCGUCUCAAUAUGACGCGAAAUGCCGUUUGGGCCUUGUCGAAUUUGUGUCGUGGCAAGAAUCCGCCGCCCGAAUUUGCCAAAGUCUCCAUCGGGUUGCCCGUGCUUGCGCGUCUCAUUUUCCAUCAGGAUCACGAAGUUCUCAGUGACGCAUGCUGGGCCCUUAGUUACUUAUCCGAUGGGCCAAAUGCGAAAAUUCAGGCGGUGAUCGAUGCCGGGGUUUGUCGUCGACUCGUCGAACUGCUGAUGCACAACCAUCAGAAUGUCGUGUCGGCUGCGCUGCGUGCCGUUGGAAAUAUCGUGACGGGUGACGAUCCACAGACACAAUUGAUCCUUAAUUGCAACGCGUUGCCCUGCAUUUUGCACUUGUUGGGCUCACAGAAGGAAACGAUCCGGAAAGAGGCGUGUUGGACUGUCUCGAAUAUCGCGGCGGGCAAUCGUGACCAAAUCCAGGCCAUUAUCGAGGCGAAUAUCUUCCCCGUUUUGAUCGACAUCUUGCAAAAGGCCGAAUUCAAGACACGCAAGGAAGCUGCUUGGGCUAUCACGAACGCCACGAGUGGAGGCACAGCUGAACAAAUCAAAUAUCUUGUUCAAAUUGGUUGCAUACCCCCAAUGUGCGAUUUGUUGACGGUACAAGACUCGAACAUCGUGCAAGUGGCAUUGAAUGGCUUGGAAAAUAUCCUCAAAACCGGAAAUCAUCACAAAAUUAAGCCAAAUCCGUAUGCGGUGCUGGUCGAAGAGUGUUACGGCUUGGAUAAAAUUGAAUUUUUGCAAUCACACGAAAAAAUGGAAAUCUACGAGAAGGCUUUUCACAUCAUACAGACAUACUUUGGCAAUGACGAGGAAGAAGAUGCCGCAGUGGCACCCCAAACUGAGAACAAUCAGUUUCAAUUCAAUACGGAUCAACAAGUUCCCAUGGACGGCGGAUUUCAAUUCUAAAGCAACAACCCGAUGCGAUGAGAAAAGAGUGAUUUUCAUAUUUAUUUACAUUUGUUUUCCGCGACUCUACCUAUUUUUAUUAUCUUUAAAACGAGAAAAUUUUACUUAAACCAAGGAGAAAAGUAAAAACAAAAAAAAAAUGAAACAAAA